UAAACCAAUUUCUAAGCGCAAUGAUGGGAAUUUGCAUGUCGAUUUUCACGAUCAUAUCGCAUGGACUACCAAUGUCGAUACCUUUCGCGGUCCAGCACAUCGUAUUCAUCAUCGGCAUCAACUUACAACUGUUCCUCUCCUGUUUCGCCGGAGCGUUAAUUACAUCACAGGCGCUCACGGUUGGAAAUUCGAUAUUCUACGCGCCCUUUUGGUUGGAUGCUCCCAUAUGGGUGAAGAAGAAGAUUAUUAUGGUAAUUCAACGGUCGCAAAAGUACGAAACGAUUACGGUCGGAAAAAUUUACAACAUUGACUUGGAAUUGUUCUCAAAGCGUCGUUGUCUUUUCUUAACGCUGUUAUAGCUUUUAAGCAGCAGUAAGCGACAUCCUGCGCUCCUGGAUUAAUGGCACUGAUAGUCACGGAGAAAACACCACAUAUUUCGAUGUAACCAACCUAUACGGCACCCAUUACUAUUCGCACGUAUUUAGACACUAUUAACUUAUAGGGAGCCGUGCCAUGAUGCGUUUUCCUUGAAUAUCUGCCCGGAUUCGGAUU